AUGGACUACCUGGUGUCCGGAGGACCUGCCCAACCCCCAUCAAUCUCAAGGGGAUUUUCUCCACUUGAGCAAGCUGAAGCUUGUGCCCUCUGUACUGACCUAAAUCACUAUGUGACUGAUUGUUAUUUAGCAGCACAAUAUUCUGAAUUUAUCCAGGAAAAGGUACAAGCCGCUCAGGGUUUUGCCAACCCGGGUAACAACCCAUUUUCCAAUACCUAUAACCCGGGAUGGCGAAAUCACCCUAAUUUUUCAUGGAAAAACCCUCCUAAUCCACCAUUUAGGCCACCAUUCAAUGCCCAACCUAAUGCCUAUAGGGGUGGACAACAGCAACCUUACUCUCAACCUCAACAUACCCCAUCUUUUGAGAGUGAGGUAAUGAAGGUGCUAAAAGGUAUUGAGUGGAAAGUGGGAAUCAAUGACCAAUUAUUGCACUCCCACACUCACUCUAUCAGCAAGCUAGAGACCCAGAUUGGUCAACUUGCCAAAGCCGUCAAUAAGAGAGAGACUGGCCAACUACCAAGCCAACCUAUUGGAAACCCCAAUAGUGUUCAAAUAGGAAGGGGUAAGGAACAACUCCAGUCGGUUAAAGAGUUGAGGAAUGGUAAGAGGGUGGAAAUACAUGACACACCACCUACCUAUGAGGACUUCCCCUCUAAUACCCCUCAACAGACCACACCAGCAGAGUCAACCCCAACCCAUGCAGAAGUUGAAUCAGAGGAAAAUAUUGAGAAGCAGAAUGAGCGACCAGUUGGGGAGGGACCUCAACUGGAUAAGUAUACACCCCGAGUCCCUUUCCCUGAUGCUCUCAAAACUCCAUCCUCUCCCCCAUAUGGGAAGCAAGGAGAGAAGAUGAAGGAGAUGUUGGAUUUGUUUCAACAAGUCCACAUCAACCUUCCAUUAUUGGAUGCAAUCAAGCAGGUUCCAGCUUACGCUAAGUUUCUGAAAGACCUAUGCACUCAGAAGCGUAAGCUGAGGAACCAAACUCCCAAAACCAUACACAUCACAGAACAGGUAAGUGCAGUUAUCACUGACCUACCCCCCAAACUGAAGGAUCCUGGUACACCACUCAUCUCUUGUGUCAUUGGAGACCUCUCCAUUGAUAAAGCAUUGUUGGAUCUGGGGGCUAGUGUGAAUAUCCUACCUGGUUCGAUUUUUGAGAGGUUUGGAUUAGGAGAGUUGAAGUCCACUGAAGUCAUACUUCAGUUAGCUGAUCGUUCUGUGAAAAGACCUCAUGGACUUCUAGAGGAUGUUCUUGUGAAGGUAGAUGAUUUAUACUUCCCAGUGGACUUCCUAGUCCUUGAUAUGGAAUCUACCUCAGCCAAACUUCCCCCUAUCAUACUAGGGCGUCCAUUCUUGGCGACCGCCAAUGCUUGCAUUAACUGCAAGUCAGGUGCCAUGGACAUAUCGUUUGGGAAUAAGAAGCUUCGACUAAACAUCUUCAAUGCAUCCCUAGGACCCUACAGAGAAGACGAGUGCUUUGCUCUGGAUAUGAUUGAUGAAGCUGUAUCUCAGUACACUUCCCAGAUCCUUACUAAUGAUCCUCUGCAACUUGUGAUGUCCUAUGGAGCAGAAGGCUUUGAUGAAGAAGCCUAUACUGAAGAGGUGAACACCAUGUUAGAUCUUAAACCCUCUUCCGAGAAGCCUCCCUGGACCUAUAGAUAUGAGCCUCUGCCAUCCUUGGCUACAUCCCCUAAGCCCUCUUCUCUGGAGUCCCCUCCACAACUGGAACUCAAGCCUCUGCCCCAUACCUUAAAAUAUGCAUUCUUGGGCAAGGAAGAGACUCUGCCGGUUAUGAUAUCCUCUGAUCUUACUGACAGGCAAGAGUCCCUCCUGUUGGAGGUUUUAUCAGCUCACAAAGUCGCGAUUGGCUGGUCUUUAGCUGAUCUAAAGGGUAUUAACCCUUCUGUUUGUAUGCACCGUAUCUAUUGUGAAGACAGAGCCAAAUCCGUGCAAGAUCCACAGAGGCGCCUUAACCCUAAUAUGAGGGAAGUGGUGAAAAAUGAAGUAGUAAAGUGGUUUGACGCGGGUAUUAUAUACCCUAUUUUGGAUAGUCAGUGGGUCAGUCCAACUCAAGUUGUCCCCAAGAAAUCCGAAAUCACGGUAGUUCCUAACUACCAAGGUGACCUUAUCCCAACUCGUACCACUACGGGUUGGCGUGUUUGUAUCGACUACAGAAAGUUGAACAAGGUCACGCGUAAAGACCACUUCCCUCUGCCCUUUAUUGAUCAAAUUCUUGAGAAAUUGGCUGGGCAGAGCUACUACUAUUUUCUUAACGGUUAUUCGGGAUACAACCAAGUCCCCAUCUUUCCCGGUGACCAAGAGAAAACCACUUUCACUUGCCCAUUUGGUACAUUUGCCUUUAGGAGGAUGCCGUUCGGGUUGUGUAAUGCUCCAGCCACCUUUCAAAGGCAUUUCAUCAAGGACUUUGGUCUCAUCUCCAUGCCCUUGUGCAAUCUCCUUGCCAAGGAUGCCCCAUUUGUCUUUGAUGAAAAGUGCCUGACUGCUUUCCAUACCCUUGGGACUGCAUUGUCUGAAGCACCUAUUAUCCGGUCACCAGACUGGUCUCUACCAUUUGAGAUCAUGUGUGACGCCUCUGACUAUGCCAUGGGUGUUGUACUUGGUCAAAGGGUGGAUGGGAAGCCAUCUGUUAUUUACUACGGUAGUAGAUCCUUGUCUGAUGCUCAGUUUAACUACACCACUACUGAGAAGGAGCUCCUAGCAAUAGUCUUUGCCCUGGAUAAAUUUUGCUCCUAUCUUUUGGGCUUGAGGGUGAUAGUCUUCUCGGAUCAUGCAGCCCUUAGGCACCUUCUUUCAAAGCAUGACACCAAGCCAAGGUUGAUCUGGUGGAUUCUUCUCCUUCAGAAGGGGUCAGAAAAUGUUGCAGCAGACCAUUUAUCCCGGAUUCUUCUGGAUCCCUCUCCUACAUCGGAGUUGGUUCGGGAAACUUUCCCUGAUGAGCAGUUGUUUUUCGUUUCGUCGAAACUGACUCCAUGGUACGCAACUAUAGUGAACUAUCUCAUUGUUGGCCAAUUACCUCCUGAUUGGGAUAAAGCAGCUCGAGAUAAGUUUCUCUCUACUGUGCGAUACUACUACUUGGAGGAUCCAGAGUUGUUUCGAUACUGUUCAGAUCAGGUCGUUCGUCGUUGUGUCCCUGAGAGGAAAUUGAGAUCUCGGUGGGAUGGGCCUUUUGUGGUUGUAUCUGUCGCACCUCAUGGUGCUAUUGAGAUCAGGAAUCCACAAAAUGGGAAAACCUUCAAGGUUAACGGUCAAAGACUGAAACCCUAUGUUGAUGGCCUUGCUGAUGGUCAAUUAAUUGAGUCUUUAGACCUAGUGGAUGUAGACUAUGAUUAUGCUUCUGAUGGACUACCCUGA